AUGACACAAAGAGGAAUUCAUACUGGAGAGAAACCUUUCGCCUGCCAACAAUGUGGAAAGAGUUACACUAACAAAAGAAACCUUAAAAAUCACGUGAGUGUUCAUACUGGAGAGAAACAUUUCACCUGCAAACUGUGUGGAAAGAGCUUCAUUAAUAAAUCAAAACUUAAAAGCCACAUCAGAACUCAUACUGGAGAGAAACCUUACACAUGUUCUCAAUGUGCAAAAAGUUUUACACAUAAACAAUGCCUCAAUGACCACAUGCAAGUUCACACUGGAGAUAAACCUUUCACCUGCAAACUGUGUGGAAAGAGCUUCACAAAAAAAGGAACCCUUAAAGUCCACAUGAGAGUUCACACUGGAGAUAAACCUUUCACCUGCAAACUGUGUGGAAAGCGCUUCAUUAGUAAAUCAAACCUUAAAUACCACAUGAUAAGUCACAGUGGAGAGAAACCUUACACAUGUUCCCAAUGUGGAAAAAGCUUUAAACAUAAACAACAUCUCGAUGUCCACAUGAGAAUUCAUACUGGAGAGAAACCUUUCACCUGCCAACAAUGUGGAAAGAGCUUCACUAGAAGAGGAAACCUUAAAAAACACAUGAACAUUCACACUAGAGAGAAGCUGUUUACAUUAGGGUUGCCGCGGUGAGGAAAAUUUCCCACCUAACCGACGUGUGACAACACUGGUAA